AUGGCAACCUUCACAAAAGCUAGUUCGGUCGAGCUUCACACCUCAGACUUGAACAAAACGCAGUCUUCCGGACGUCUAUCAGCCUCGCCAGGGUCUUUAAGCAUCCCCGAGACUACCAUUGGCAUCACACUAUCUGCAGUUGAAGCCAAUGGUAAUAACACUCCAAAUAUCUCUGUCUGCUCCACCCCCUCAGCCCAAUUCAAUGGUAGUACUUCUCAAAACACAGCUGUCAAUGCGUCUUUUAAAGUCAGAGGCAAUGGUGCCGAAAGCGGCUAUAAUAACGGCAACAUGUCCCAGAACCCCGGAUCUACAAAUACCAUGUCUUCGCCCAAGACUAUGCUCGACACUCAAGUCAAUAAAGUCUCGGACACACCUCCUACAAACGCUACUCAAUCAGAUCUCAGUUCCCAUAUUGAGACUGACUUCAAUAUUUCGUCCAGCUCUCCAGUCCAUGUAAAGUCAAGCGCUUCGCAAAUGGAGGCCCAGCCACCUGCGUCUACGGGUACAGUCGACCUGGAUACUCCUAUGAUCAACUCCUCCGAGGCUAUGGCUGAUGGAAGCCUCGCUUCGGACGAUGAUCCUCUAGUAGGCAGGAGAAACCUCCGAAAGAGAAAAGAACUAACGGUUGCUAUUGAUACUGUUGAGGAGGCCUUGAAGCCGCUGACCGACGACGAACGUCGAGCUUGGAAGGGUUGGGUGGAGCUAGAGUCUGACCCGGCUCACUUUAACUACGUUUUACGGCAGUUGGGCAUAAACGAUAUCAAGAUUCAGGAGAUCUUUUCGUUGGAUGAUGAGUUUCUGGUGUAUCUCCCGAAGCCAGUUUACGGGCUGGUCUUCCUUUUUAGGUACCAUGAUGAUGACGCUGAAGAGCAAGAGGAUGUAGAGAAGUGCCCCCAGCGCGUCUGGUUCGCGAAUCAAACAACGAAUAACGCUUGUGCCACCAUUGCUCUUCUCAACAUCGUCAUGAACAUUCCUGGUCUAGACCUCGGUGAUAAACUCGGGGCAUUCAAGGAGUCUACACAAGACUUGAAGCCACCGUACCGGGGAAAGAGAAUCGGGAAUGAUGAGUUCAUUCGAAACAUUCACAACUCCUUUGCUCGUAAGAUGGAUGUGCUCAAUGCCGACCUUGCUCUGAAGAAUGAGUAUGACAAAUGGGUAAAGACCAAGGACAAUCCCCCAAAGAAAAAGGCAACUGCUAGGAAGAAGGCUCCUCCAAAGAAGAAACAGAAAGACGAGGACGAGCCAGGCUUCCACUACGUCGCUUAUGUCCCGGUUCAAGGGGAGGUCUGGAGGUUGGACGGUCUGCAAAGAGAGCCUGUCAGCCUUGGAUCCGCUGGUGACAACUGGUUCAGCGUUGCCCGAGACAGCGUCCAAGAGCGAACCUUAAAGUAUGCCGAUGAUGGUGUCGUCUUCUGCCUAAUGGCCCUCUGCAAAAGCCCUAUGCGCUCCGCGGUCGAAGACCUAGCCAGCAACACCCAUCUCCUCCAAGCCGUAGAAACCGCCUUGGCCGAUGCCAUCCCCGACUGGAAGGUGAUCAUCAACUCGCCCCUCGCAGCACCUCUCUCGGAACUCAGCACCACCUGUGGACUGACCCAAGAGUUCGUCACCGCCUCCGCACCUUCCAACUCCGAGCUUGCAGAUAUCGAGGCCGCCAAAAGCGAGCCGCGUACGCUGUUCGGCAUCUACCAAGGUCUAGCUGAGAAGCAGAGCCGCUCCCUCGCGGCGUAUCAGGAGGAGGCCAUGGUUGUCGUACAGGAGGAUGCGAUUGCCCUGCGUCGGAAGAAGGAUUUCACUCCCGUCAUGUACAAGGCCAUGAAAGCUCUCGCUGAUGCGGGAGUCUUGCCUUCCAUCAUCAAGGAUUUACGGGACAAGGGCAAGGGCAACGGCAAGAAUUGA